AAUAAUUAGUGUUUGUUUUUAUAAUAACAAUAAUAAUAACAAAAGAGAAAAGAGAAUUUAUAUAAAAAUUAAAAAUAAAACGUUGAGAGUAAAAAAAAAAAUUAACAACUCGUUGUCAUUAUUGGAAUUUUAUAGUCAGUUGUAUGUUGUAUUAUUUUCUGUCUUUGUUAAUAAUAAUUUUGUGAAAUAUAAAUAAAUAAAUAUGCAAGUUAUACGUGUUAAAAAAAAUUUUCAACAAGGCGAUUAUCGUGAACUCAUGAAGAUUCUUAAAUAACAAUUAUUAAAAUAGUUUAAAUUAAAAUAAUAAUAAUAAAAUAAAUAAACUGUUGUUGCUAGUGAGUUUACUUGCAAUUUUGACACAAAGAGAUCACCAAGCACUCUCCAUUCCGUCAUGCCAAAGGACAUAGAAAAAGAAGUAACAACAUUGGCGAAGCCAUUAAAAAUAAAUUUAACUGAAGAAAAUAAUAAAAAAAAUUGUGAAAUGAAAGGAACAAAGAGAGACUGGUUAUUCAGAGUUCAGGUUACUGAACUUGAAAAAAAUGAAUUUGUCUACGUUGUUGGUAAUUUACCAGAGUUAGGUGCAUGGAAUCAUAACCAAGCCAUUCAACUUCACUUGGAGCACCCAGAAAGUCCUCAAAAUUCACCUGAUUUUGAGAAUAAUAAGAGUGUAAAUGCAUUCAAUGCAGACAACGAUGAAGCAUCAAAUAAAUUAUUCAAUGAAAAAGAAAAAGAUGAAAAAAUAUAUUCAGUUAAACUUUCAUUACCAAUGGAUACUGAUAUUGAAUUUCGUUAUUUCAUAGCAGUUGUUUGUGAAUCAAAUGAAAUAAAAAAUUCAGCAAUAACACUUAUUAUAAGAAAAUGGGAAACUCAUUUAACACCACGUAUUAUUAAAAUUGAUACACCAAGUAAUAUUAUUAAUAAUGAUAUACCAGAUUAUCAAAAAUUUGGUUAUUACAAUGGUUAUUGUAAAAUUGAUCGUGGCUGGUUAACUGAUGAAACAGUUUUACAAUUUAAAUUAUUUGAUAAUCCAAUUAAAAUAUGGAAAAAUAGAUUACAAAAUAGAAAAUUAUAUAUUAAAAUGACACCAGUUAAUUUGGUAAGACAUAAUUCAUUAGAAUUACCACAACUUACUGGUGAUUGUGGUGUUGAUGAUAGUUUAUCAAUGGAUACACAAGAUAUCAUUGAUCAGCCUGCUUUUAGUAUUACUGAAAUAAGUGUAAUGAAUGAUGAAGAAGCCAGAUACAAAUAUCAAGAACAAUUUGGUCGUGCAUAUGAAGAUGAUGAAUGUGUUAUAUUCAGUGUUGCUGUACGAUAUCCAGAAACAAUCGCUUAUCUGGUUGAUUACUACAUCUACGAUUCACGCUGUUUUCCUGGUGAUUCACCACCUAAUCACAUUGGAUUUAGUUAUAUUCUUCCAAGUACAUUGCAAUCAAGUGUUGGACAAUUAACUGUACCAAUAACAAGCACAAAGCAUCGACCAAUUGGCCAAUUGACAUUAGAGUAUGUCAGAAUAAAACCAAUACCAGAUUAUCCCUGGGAUAUGAGUAUAUCAUAUGCAAAACAUUGGGAACAAAGAUGGUCUGGUCUUGAUGUUGGACAUCGUGGUGCUGGUACAUCAUUUAAACAUGAAAUGAAAAAUUGUGCAAAUGUACGUGAAAAUACAAUAGCAUCAUUAAAAACAGCAUCACUACAUGGUGCUGAUAUGGUUGAAUUUGAUGUACAAUUGUCAAAAGAUAUGGUACCAGUUAUUUAUCAUGAUUUUCAUGUAUCAAUUUCAUUAAAAAGAAAAAAACAAAUUGAUGCUAUGGAUAUGCUGGAAAUACCUGUUAAAGAUUUAACUUUGGAACAGUUGCACUUGUUGAAGGUUUAUCAUUUGGCUGAAGGAAGAGAAAAAAAUCCAAGAUUUUUUGAUGAGGAUUUAGAAGAUCAUCAGCCAUUUCCAACUCUUCAAGCAGCACUCCAAGAGUUGGAUCUUCAUGUUGGAUUUAAUGUUGAAAUUAAAUGGACAAUGCAACUCAAGGAUGGAACUUUUGAAUUAAAUCAUCCAUUUGAUUUAAAUACUUACCUUGAUAUAAUACUCAAGGUUGUUUUGGAUUAUGGUGGUGAAAGAAAAAUAGUAUUUUCAUCAUUUAAUCCAGAUAUUUGUGCUAUGAUACGUUUAAAACAAAAUAAAUAUCCAGUUGUAUUUUUGACACAAGGUAUAACAGUCAAAUAUCCAACAUAUCACGAUCCAAGAUGCCAAUCAAUACCAAUGGCAAUGAGACAUGCAUUGGCUGCUGAUCUUCUUGGUAUAAAUGUACAUACUGAAGAUAUACUAAGAGAUCCAUCACAAGUUAAAAUUGUCAAAGAUCAUGGACUUAUUAUAUUUUGUUGGGGUGAUGAUAAUAAUGACAAAGAUACAAUUCAACAUCUUAAAAAACUUGGUCUUCAUGGUGUUAUCUAUGACAAAAUUGAUGAGUAUAAUGUAAAAGAAGUGAAAGAGAGUAUUUUUUUGAUUGAUGCUAGAGAAAAUCAAAAAGCUCUUAUUGCAUUGGCACAGUGUAAUCAAAAUAUUAGCAAUAUUGAAACACAAUCGACUGUCCAACCGGAAUACUUUAUAGAUGAAGCAAUAAAUUUUAAAACAGCUGGAUCAACUGAUUUACUUGUUGCAAAUAAAAGUGAUGGAAUAGGUGAUUUAACUAGAAAUUUUAGUGAAUGUGCAAAUUCAUUUGGUCACAAUCAAUCAACAAAAACACAAUCAUUCUCAAAUAUUUAUCAUGAAGAUGAAUUAGAAAAGGACUGCAUCUGAUGUUUUCCAUUAAAUAAUACAUUAGCUAAAUGGAUUUUUACAAAAACAUCAAAAAUCAUGCCUGUUAAAUAUUGCAAUUCUCGUUUUAAGAGAAAUAAUAAUUUCAUUUAACGUAAUUAUUUACAUAUUAUAAAUUUAAAACAAAAACAAGGUUAUUAUUAAGCUUUGUAUACUUAGACCAUUACGAAAUCAUUUUUAUCAAAAAAAUAAGACAAGAAAUUAUUAUUUCAAAAUAAUAAUUUUUCAUGGUUUUGGAUUUUUUUAUUAAUGAUUAUUUACUAUUUUCUAGAAACUCGGUAGAGAAAAAAAAAAAUAAUAAUAAUAAUUUAGUACAAAUUAAGUCCCGAGGAAUUUUGUAUUGCCACUCAAUAAUGUUGAAUUUUUUUAUUUAAUUAUAUGAGUUAAAUUAAAAAAACAGAAAAAAAAAAAGACAUAAAAAAAGACCU